ACUCAUUUAAAUAAUUUAAAAGUUGUUUGACUUUUAAAAAAGUUUGAAAAGUUGUUGUAUAUGUAUGUGUAGAAGGAGGUUUGUUUACAAUCUGGAUGCUCAGUUCCUGACCUUUAAAUCACUGGCAUAUUUUGAUUUUUUUUUUUUCCACAGGCAAGAGUCAUGAAUGCUGACACAGAAAAUUCUUAGGAAGUUUAUUCAGGUCCUCAUGUACUCAUUGCCCUGUGCUCAGAAAUGGAACUCAGGAAUGGGAGUAACCAAUGAUGAAAGAGAUGAUUUGUCAGUUCUGGAUGAUAAGGACAGCCACGGCAUUGGGGUGUAGUUUGACAAGCAUCUCUUAAAUCAGAAAUGCUGACUAAACUAGCCAGUUUUGCUGGUUCAUUUACCUAAUCAUAAAAAUCCCUUCCUCCUCUUUCAGCUGAAGCAUUUUCAACGACAGCAAUUCAUUACGUGGCCUCAUUAACAGUUGCCUUAGCCCAGCUAAGAAAAUUAUACUGAAAUGAGGGUGGAGUUUUACAACCACUGUCACCAUCAGUGCUUACCAAAUUCUGACUUAACAGGGAAGUGAAGCUUAAAGAAUUUGAACAAUGAAGCUAUAUCCUCUGUGCAAACACCACCUUUCACAGGUUAAACCUGCCACUGGCUGUGUAGCACAGACAGUUCAGAGGUGGACCUUCUCUCUGUGGACCUUGCUAUUCCUCACAAAUGUUAAUGUUAUCAUCACAACACCCAUGUGUGUUUGGGUUAAUUGAAUGUCAUUGUCUUUUCUUUAAGAAGUGCCAAAAUUACUCAAAUGGGGAAUGCRAUGUAACUAUGUUAUUCUUCCCUUUCUUCUGUGGCUGUUUCAUGGCUCUGACACCUGUUUGUCAUGAAUAAGYAGCCCCUAGACAGAACAUGCACCUCUAAAAAGGGUUGGAGGGUUUAACUGGAAGUUGAAACAGUGAUACCAUUCCUUUCAUCUGGAAGAAAGAGUCUUCCAGAACAGAAUGGAUGGGAACGGAGUCAUUUCCCACAGCAACACCACCUGGGGCACCCAAGGACAGAGCAGGACAGACGUCAGAUACAUUGAUUAUUUUUCAUUGAUCUAUGAAAAACACGUGUUGACUUCAGACAGCUCUUCCCCAGCAGGGGGGGCAGAACAGAUCCUAUUUAGAGAAACUGUGAAUGGCUGUAGCAGAAUUGCUGGUAACUUUAAAAAAUGCUUUAUAUUCUCCGUCAGGUUUGUUCCGAAUGUAAUUAUGCUAAUUUAAUUUAACAUAUACUUUGUUCUUCUACUCCUCAGAAGUCUACUCUAUUUCUCCUUAGGACUUAAUCAGUGCUCACCUCUUCACAGAAGAUAGGGUUGAGUCCUUAGACAUCUGUAUAACUUUACUUUUUCAUAACCUUCAGAUAAAGGAAAAUACAAAACAACUUGUAUUAAGAACUUAAAUUACAUGAAUAUCUCAUUUUGUCUGUAACAUCAAAUUAUUUCUACACUAAAGUAGCUAGUGUUUAUAUCAAAACAAAAGAAUAAGGAAUAAAUCCUUAAUAUUUUGGUCCCAUCUGCAUAUUUGACUACACACCCUACAUCACAGCCUCAGGCAUUUAAAGACUUAAAUGUAAAGAUUUAAAGAGCUAGAUUCUUCUGUCCCAUCAAAAACCGCAGUUCUACUUGCUGACUUCUGUAUUCAUAUUUUCUUUGGUGUAGAGAAAAGACCAGCCAAUUUUCACAUCAGUAUUUAUUUUUUAUUAUGCCAUUAAUUAGUAGGCAAUAACACAUGUAUUGUUUGCAAUGCAAGAAACAGUUAAUAAACAUGAGAAGUAUGCAAUCUAUAAUCUAAAAUAACUACAUUGAUGGUCUUGGCACUGGAAGUGUUCUUACAUGCUGUUGUUCAACAAGAGAGCACAGUUCCAUAACCCUCACCUUCUGCCUUAGAAGUCAUGAAGAGCACCUCUGCUUUCAUGUGUUCAAACCAAAAUAGGGAAAGUGUAAGAUUUUACAGUUUUUUGAUUGAAAUUCAGUAAGUGUAACUAACACUAUUAAUGUAGGAGUGCCAGAUACUCAUUUUGCUUAUUGGCUUAAGUUUAAUGGUAGCAGAUCUGACUUGACUAAGCAAUAUCUAGUCAUAUCAAGGCUGAAUGUGGACUCUCAUGUCUAAUUUUCAUAAAAAACCUCAAAGCUCAAUUCCUCUAAUGUUUAGUGGCAUGUUUUGAACAUAAGUCAAACAAUGACUUAUAACCAAUGCUUUUUGAUGCAAUGCACCAUCCCUUUGUGGGACAGCACACAACAUCCAUUUGUGAGAAGUUUAAGGGCAUGUAUAGUACUUCUUUGCCUUUUGUUUUAAAACUCUCUUUGGUCAAGUGGAACCUUUUCAGAGUCCAUCUUCUCAGGGACAUGUGGCAUGGCCCAAAUUGAUGUCUGUGUAUUUACCAAAACAACAGAAACACACUUGCACUUUCAACCAUGUGUAUUUCUGCAGUCCAGUUUAUGCUGUAAAAAAUGAUGCAAUAAUUAAACUGAGAAAAUUAAUAGGAUUUCCUUUUAAUACUUAACCUUUACAAGUGCCAGCUUUGGGAAAAUCCAAAGUUAAAGCUUUUUGCCUAGACUAAAGGCACUUAGCUCCAUCAAUAUGUACUUCCAGUCUGGUAGCCCCUGAGCAAUUAGUGUUAAUAUAUUGUAAAGGAAUUGACUUUUUGACAAGGAAAAGGGCAGCUUUAUGACAGCUCACUUAGACCGACAUCAAGACUGAAGACAAUAACAUUUAGCAGAGCUGUCAUUGUAAGGCUGGGAUGAAGGCAAUCCUUUUAACUGGAAAUGAUCACAUAAAAUAAUCUAUUAACUCACACCCAGUAGAGUACAUCACAGCAAGAUUUGGAGGAAAACCAUUUCCCAAUAAUUAGUUAAAUUAAACUUUACAAGAUUUGCCAAUAAUAAACAAAUUCUAGCUAAACCAGCAAAUGUAGUAUUCAAAACAAUACUUUCCUCUUUUGCUUUAUGCCAAGUCAGCCUAUUACUAAAAUACACUCAUAAAAAUAGAGCUUAUAGGAACAAAUUAUAAAAUGCGUGUUCUGUGGUUUUCUGACUUCAGUUGGGGGGUGGGGGUGUAAGAAAUCUCUUACAAUCAAAGACAGAGGAACAAUAAAAGUCAAACAACCCUUACAGCUUCUUUCUGAGGUGAUCCCACUCUCUUAUGACAAAACCAAUCACAUAAAAGAUCAGUGUCCUGGCAAAUGCUGCUGUGUAUCAGGUGGUUAUGUGUGAAAAUUUAUUUAACUUGAACAAGCUGUAUUUACAUAAGUGGAAAAUACAGUUCUCCAGAAUUUCAGUAUGGAAUUCUUAAAGUUUGUCCAGGAAGUCUCCAUCUGUAUUCUCUCAGGAAUUGUCACUUAGGUACAACAGAGCAGCCAGCAAGAGAGAUGCUCUGUUGUACCUCACAGUUACAAACACGAAUGGUGAAGGCUGGGUCUUGGCUGGAAUGAUUAGGAGAUGGUAGAGUUCAGGAUCUUGAAAAGAGGCAACAAAGCAUAUGGCAAGAUCAUAAUCACUGCCUUCAGGAAAGCACAUUUUGGCACCUUGAAGCAUCAGCUUGGAAGAAUUCCUUGGGAGAUAACCCUGGAGAGAAGGGUCCAGGAGCUGACUGAUUUUUAAGAAUCACCUUUUCCAAGUUCAACAAUCUCCACAUACAGAAAAUCAAGCGAUGGCAGGAGGAACUCCUGGCAAAGCUCAGACAUAAAAAGGAAGCACACAUGAUGUCCUAGAAAUGACACGUGAACGAAAAACAGUCUGAGCUGUUGGGAUGUGGUUAAGAAAGCCAGAGCCCACUUGGAGUUGAAUAAGGCAAGAUGUGUGAAGGGCUUCUUAGAGGUAUAGCAGCAGCGGAAGGGAAAAUGUGGAUCUAGUGCUGAGUGGUGGGAGAUCCAAGAGCAAAGGACAAGCAGGAUCAGGAACGUUUAUACAGACUGGACAUAUACAAGUGUAUGGGACACAAUGGUACGUGCCUGCAAGGAGCUCUAUGUGCUGAAGAAGAUGCUGAUGGCAUUGUAAGGUCAUCCUUGGAAAUCAUUGAACAGUCACAGUGAUUGGGAGAGGUUCCAAGGACAGGAAGAAAGGAAAUGUAACUCCUUUCUUAAAAAGGUUAACAAAAGGAGAUCCAAGGAGCUACAGGCUGGGCAGACCAGACUCAUUUCAGACUCUGGAAGACUGAGAAAGUAAAUAAUUCUAGAAAACACUUACAUUAGGAACAAGAAUGCGGUUGCAAGUAGUCAGCAUGGAUUAACAAAGAGGAGAUUAGGCCUGCCCAACCUGGCAGCCUUCUACAAAGAGAUGACUGGCUUGGUGGACAAGGGGAGAGYGCAGGAUACUGUCAAUCUUAAUUUUAGCAAGGCUUUCAACACUGCCUCCUGUAACACUCUCACUGAUAAAGUACAAGUUAGGUAACCAAACAGUGAAACUGAAAAUUGGCUGCACUGUCAGGAUCAAAGGGCCGUGAUCAGCCCAGGAUGUACAGCUGGAGGCCCACGAAAGUCCAUCUGGAAGCCUAUUUCUAGUAAGGCUUCAUACUAGGUCCAGCACUAUUCAACAUCCUGAUUAAUGAUCUGAACAAUGGGGCAGAGUGCUCCCUUGACACAUUUACAGGUAAUCCAACUUGGGAAUGGCUGAUAUCCCACAGGAUCAUGCUGCCAUUUAGAGGGACCUCUACAGACUGAAGACAGAGGCUGACAUGAACCUCAUGAAGUUCAACAAAGAAAAUGCCAAGCCCCACAUCUGGAGAGGAAAAACCCCAUGCACCAGUACAAGCUUGAGAGCUGAAUGGCUGGAAAGCAGUUGCAGAAUAGGCGCUACAAAAUUCACUGGAUUGAGUAAUGCAUCUUUGCAGCAGUGGAGAUCAACAGCCUUCAGGGUGGCAUUAACAAGGGCACACACCAUCAAAAGAKCAAACAAUGUGUUUAUUCCUAUUAAACACUGAUGAUGCCACAUCUGGAGUGUUGUGUCCAUCUCUGACUCCCCUGUACAAUAAAGCAAUGGGCAUACUGGGGCAAGUCUAGCAAAUUGCUGAGAAGAUGAAUAAGGGAUUAUAGCAUUUGUCAUAUGAGGAGAGGCUGAGAGAGCCAAAAUUGUAAGCACACUCACUCUGAUCCAUGAGCCACUUAAUACUAUACCACUGUCAGUUUGACAUCUAAAUCUGAUGCAUACACCGUUUAUUUCUCUAUGGUUAUACAUUGUUCUUUUCCUUCAAAGGGGAAUGAUAUUCAAACAUUAUAUAUUCAAAAUCAGAAAUGGUAUUUGUUUCAGGGUUAGAAAUUACAUAUGUGCAAUUUCUUAUUUUACAUUUACCUCUUUUUCUGCAUUAGGUCUGAGAAGUUGUUGAAAAGUUUCCUGCAACCUGAAAUGACAGAAAGCCUUGUAGAAAGGACACCCCUAUUUUACAUCCAAGAAAUAUUGCUUAAUAGGUAUUAAUCUGAAGAAAUAUAUUGUAUGAUAAAGUUUUUGACAGACUGCCAACCUUCUGAACACCUAGAGAGCAUUUAGUUUUUGUCUGAUCAGAAGCACCUAAUGUCACUGCACAUGCUACAAUGGAAACUGUAACACAAAUGCAAAGUUUUGGCAUCUGUGUUGGCUGUACGUAUCCUGUAGCAUCUGGUGUGGUGUUUGCCACUCUUCUAAUUUCUUGCUGCUCAUCCCAGAACAUAAGAGCUCGUCCACUUGUUUCUAAUUCACCUUUCCUUUCUAUCUGGAAUGCUCCUACAGAACUUUGUACUGAAAAGAUUGGAGUCCAGCUGGACAUGAAUUUUUUUCCUCUAAUUGGAAGCACACUAAAGACAUCCAUUGGGCAAAAUAUCACUCUCUUCUAUCCAGACAGACUUGGCUACUACCCUUACAAAAAUGAAGUCACAAGAGAGACAUUCAAUGGAGGACUCCCUCAACUCUCGCCGCUGGAGAAUCACUUAAAAAAAGCCAAAGAGGACAUCCAGUUCUACAUUCCUUCUGAUGAACAGCUUGGAUUGGCUGUCAUUGACUGGGAACACUGGAGACCUCUGUGGAUAAGGAACUGGGGAUCAAAAGAUAUUUACAGACAGGAAUCCAUUGAGCUAGUUCAGCAAAGAGACCUCAGCCUAUCAGAAGCCAAAGCCAGAACUAUAGCUAAAAUGGAAUUUGAAUCUGCAGCAAAAUCAUUUAUGUUGGAAACGUUGAAGCUGGGCAUAGAAAAGAAACCAAAUCGUCUAUGGGGAUACUACCUUUUUCCAGACUGUUAUAACUAUGAUUACAAACAAAACCCACACAAUUAUACAGGAACAUGUUUAGAUAUUGAAAUAGACAGAAAUAAUGAGCUUAACUGGUUGUGGGAGAAAAGCACAGCACUUUAUCCAUCUGUCUAUCUAGAGACAGCCUUAAAAUCUUCCAGAAAUGCUCAACUCUUUGUUCGCAACAGAGUUCAAGAAGCCAUUAGAACUUCUUAUGUCUCUAAUUCUAGUCAUCCCCUUCCAGUUUUUGUAUAUACACGUCCAGUAUUCACAGAUGUCCAUGAGGAAUAUCUCUCUGAGGAUGACCUGGUAAAUACCAUUGGAGAAUCUGCUGCGCUGGGUGCUUCUGGAAUUGUGAUCUGGGGUGAUCUGAAUUUAACACAAAAUAAGAACACCUGUAGAACUCUGGACAACUACCUUAGGAGAACUUUGACUCCAUACCUCAUCAACGUCACAAUGGCAGCCAAAAUAUGUAGCCAAGUGCUAUGCAAAGACUCUGGAGCUUGUGCACGGAAAAAAUGGAAUUCCAGUGACUAUCUUCACUUGAACCCUGAGAAUAUUGCAAUUCAAAUGACAAAGGAUGGAAAAUACACUUUACAAGGGCAACCAUCGUACCAGGAUCUGCAAACAUUCAUAGAAAAAUUUGAUUGCUAUUGUUAUGCAGGGGACAGAUGUGAACCUAGAACUGAUAUAAAUGACAUUCAUUAUCUCCAUACUUGCAUUUCAGAAGAUAUUUGCAUUCAGAUAUCCUUAAAUUCACUUUUUAACAUGGAAGCCUCUGAAGAAAAGAUCCUGUCUAACAGAACUGCAUUUUCAUUUACCUCUGAGAGUAAGGUGACAUUAUCUACACAUCCUGAAAUAGAUUUCCAAUCUACCUCUGGAAAUAAUAUACUUAAUAUAACAACUGCAGAAUACAACACUUUUACAGCUGCCAGUAGCUGUGAUUUAGAAGAAAAUGAUACUCGUACUUUCAGCAGCUCUUCAUCCUAUAAGAUAGGGAUGUUUGAUCUGCUUCACUUAAUUCURCUUUUGAGAACUUUAAUAUAAAUGGCCCAUGAAAGUGAGAAUAUUCUUUUCCCUGGAUAUAUUUGAAAUUCUAAUGCUUUUAUUUACUAAACAAACAAAAUAAUUCCUGAAAGGUUUAUAAUCUUAUCUGUAUCAGGUAACCUUUUCUAAUCCAUAGAUGACACUUCAUCUUGAAUCUAUUUCUUCAAUUAAGUUCUAUAAACCACUAUAUGUGCCAAAGAUAUAUUGGUCUAUAUAUACUGACUAUACCAUAUGAGAGGAUAAGC